AGUGCUCUGACAACCGCGAAAAUAUCAAAGAAGAAGUUAGUUUAGCAAACAACACAGGAAGGAGUUGUUAACUUCAUGUUUGAGUUUAUCUUUUGACAUUUGACAUUGUCAUUUAUGUCUUCUUUUAGAUAAAAUAUGUUAUUUUUCACAGACAGGAACUAUGAACAGAAAAAGAUCGCUCAUUUCAGAAACGUUUCGUGUAAAGAAAAGGAGAUUUGGAGCUGACAGUCUCGUCGGAAAUCCAGAACAUAACGAUGGUCAAGAGGGACCUUCUGACGUCAAAGCCACCUUGCAGUACCUGAUGACGCUUUUCCCAAGGAAGUUGUUUGACGACAGCCUUCCACCGAUUGUCUACAAACACCAGCUGUACAGUUUACUCAGCGACAAAACGCUGGUGGACAAGCAGCUGAAUGAGUUGAGGGACAAAGGAGAACUGCUCAUGUUCCAGCUGGGCUUCGACACGGACACAUUCGCCUUGGUGUUUACUGAAGACUACAGGGCCAAAGUUCUGGCAGAACAGAACGGAAAAGACACUCAUGCAACGGUCGAGAAGUUUCUAGAUAAAGUGCUGCCUAGUUGCUCAGGACUGAGUUUCAGCAAAUGUCAAAUGCUUAAGGAGUUUCUUUUCACGGAUUCCGAGAUAACGCAGCUUGUGAAGUCAGGAGUGUUGACAGUGAGAGAUGCGGGAAGCUGGUGGCUUUCGAUUCCAAACUCUGGUCGAUUCACCAAAUACUUCAUUCAGGGACGCAAAGCUGUACUCGGCAUGGUCAAGAAAUCAAAAUACAAUGAAAUCCUAAAGGCUGAUUUGGAACAACGUCGUGCCAAAUCGCAAGUCAAACUCGAUAUAAAGUACCACAUUCAUGACAUAAUUGGUGCAGAACUGGUAGAAUGCAUACAGACCACGUCUGGGACUUUAUUACGAUUUGUGGACACUUAAUCUUCAGCUUACCAAAAGUAAAUGAACUGAGAAGCUUGUGAUAUUUCCUUUGAGGCAUCGCACAGGAAAAAGACAUUUUGUUACUGAAGGGUGGCAGUGUAAGAAGUGUACACAACAGGGAUAAAGAGGGUGAACUGCAUCCAAACAGGUCUGCCUUUAAUGUUACAGGACUACAAAUCUGUGUAAUAGCCUACCUCGGGUACAUUCAACAAAAUACUUAAUUUGCUUCCAGUGAGAAGUGUUACUGUGUGUUGCCUUCAAUUCAGUGGCAUUUUUGUUGUUAAAAAGAUGGUUGCACAAUUUUUUUUUAUUUCUGACCUGUUGAAAUAAAUGACUCUUCUCUGUAA